CAUAAAUAGGAGAAGAAUAAUCAUUUGUUUCCUUUUACUCUAGAUGUUGUGUUGGAGAUGGAUCCUACAUCUGUGUCAGAGRGRGAGARWGUCACACUGACAUGUAGAACCAAAUGUACACUGGACCCCAACACAGCCUACAGUUGGUAUAAGAAUGGACAGCCUUUACCAAACAGCAACACCUGCUCUCCUGUCUAUAUCCUAUUCUCAGUCAGCAGUGAGGAUACAGGCAGAUACUCCUGUUCUGUAGAAGGCCAUGAGGAUCUCCCCUCUGCUGAAGAGACUCUCACCGUCAGAUAUUGUCCAUUGAACACUUUAGUGUCAGUCAGUCCCUCUGGUGGAAUUGUGGAGGGCAGUUCAGUGACUCUGACCUGCAGCAGUGAUGCCAACCCACCUGUGGACAAAUACACCUGGUACAAGAAGAACGUAACCUCACCAAAAGCAUCAGGACAGAGUUACAGCAUCACUAACAUCAGCUCUGAGGACAGUGGAGAAUACUACUGUGAAGCUAGCAACAUUAAAGGGACAGAGACUUCCAUCCCUGUCCAUAUUAAUGUUAUGUUAAAUCCUGCAGCAGUGUUUCCCUGGGUUCCUGUGGUGGGGGUGGGGGUGGGGGCUUUCCUGACUGUUGGAACUCUACUACUCACCAUCUACUGCUAUAUGAAGAGGAGAUCCACAGGAGGAAGUGAUGCCACAACAGACACACAGAGUGUCCAUCCUGACCCUAACAGUGACACGUACACAGGUCUGAACAUGAAGACCAGUUCAACUGACUACGACACUCUGGCAAGUGUCCAUCCUGCACCUAACAGUGAAAUGUGCACAUCUCUGAAGAAGAAUACCAGGUUACCAGAGUUACACCCUGGCAGUAGAAUGUGAGAGACUCACCCAGUGACACAUCCCCUCAGAUAGAUACUGAGUCACCACAAACCUGGACUGAGAAACCACCACAGAACCUGGACUGAGACAACCAC